UAAAACCAGCCCUCCUUAUCGCCUGGAAAAAAUCAGGAGCUAGAGUUUGAAUGGGUUUAUAUAAACACUCACCCCUGGCGGCGUGCGGCUGGGCUCCCGGCAUAAACUCAAGGCACCCGGCCUGAUGCGUGCCUUGCCGUGUUCUUUCCCUUGAACGUCAAGGUUUGAGCAGAGCCCGAGGACUGGGAACUCUUCCCUGGAAUUGGAUCAACCUGAAGCCAGUUGCGGAACUGCACAGGGUCCCCAUGGACCUCAAGGAGAGCCCCAGCGAGGGCAGCCUGCAGCCCUCCAGCAUCCACAUCUUUGCCAACACCUCCACCCUCCACGGCAUCCGCCACAUCUUCGUGUAUGGGCCGAUGACCAUCCGGCGUGUGCUCUGGGCCGUGGCCUUCGUGGGCUCCCUGGGCCUGCUGCUGGUGGAGAGCUCCGAGAGGGUGUCCUACUACCUCUCCUACCAGCACGUCACCAAGGUGGAUGAGGUGGUGGCCCAGAGCCUGGUCUUCCCAGCGGUGACCCUCUGCAACCUCAAUGGCUUCCGGUUCUCCAGGCUGACCACCAACGACCUGUACCAUGCUGGGGAGCUCCUGGCCCUGCUCGACGUCAACCUGCAGAUCCCGGACCCGCACUUGGCUGACCCGGCGGUGCUGGAGGCCCUGCGGCAGAAGGCCAACUUCAAACACUACAAACCCAAGCAGUUCAGCAUGCUGGAGUUUCUGCACCGCGUGGGCCAUGACCUGAAGGAUAUGAUGCUCUACUGUAAGUUCAAGGGGCAGGAGUGCGGCCACCAGGACUUCACCACGGUGUUUACAAAAUAUGGAAAGUGUUACAUGUUUAACUCAGGCGAGGAUGGCAAGCCUCUGCUCACCACGGUCAAGGGCGGGACAGGCAACGGGCUGGAGAUCAUGCUGGACAUUCAGCAAGAUGAGUACCUGCCCAUCUGGGGAGAGACAGAGGAAACGACAUUUGAAGCAGGAGUGAAAGUUCAGAUCCACAGUCAGUCUGAGCCGCCUUUCAUCCAAGAACUGGGCUUUGGGGUGGCUCCAGGGUUCCAGACUUUCGUGGCCACCCAGGAGCAGAGGCUCACAUACCUGCCGCCACCCUGGGGCGAGUGCCGAUCCUCAGAGAUGGGACUCGACUUCUUUCCUGUUUACAGUAUCACCGCCUGUCGGAUUGACUGUGAGACACGCUACAUUGUGGAGAACUGUAACUGCCGCAUGGUCCACAUGCCAGGGGAUGCCCCUUUCUGUACUCCUGAGCAGCACAAGGAGUGUGCAGAGCCUGCCCUAGGUCUGUUGGCGGAGAAGGACAGUAAUUACUGUCUCUGCAGGACACCCUGCAAUCUGACCCGCUACAACAAAGAGCUCUCCAUGGUGAAGAUCCCCAGCAAGACGUCAGCCAAGUACCUCGAGAAGAAAUUUAACAAAUCAGAAAAAUAUAUCUCAGAGAACAUCCUUGUUCUGGAUAUAUUUUUUGAAGCUCUCAAUUACGAGACAAUUGAACAGAAGAAGGCAUACGAAGUCGCUGCCUUACUUGGUGAUAUUGGUGGUCAGAUGGGAUUGUUUAUUGGUGCUAGUAUCCUUACAAUACUAGAGCUCUUUGAUUAUAUUUAUGAGCUGAUCAAAGAGAAGCUCUUAGACUUGCUUGGCAAAGAAGAGGACGAAGGGAGCCACGAUGAGAAUGUGAGCACUUGCGACACGAUGCCAAACCACUCUGAAACCAUCAGCCACACUGUGAAUGUGCCCCUGCAGACGGCCCUGGGGACUCUGGAGGAGAUUGCCUGCUGACAGCCCUCGGACCGCCCGGCAACCCCCAAACAGACCUGGAGGCCCAAGACCCAGGACAGGGGACAGCAGGCGCAGGUGCGAUGGCCCCUGGUGACAGAAAGAAGAGCCCCCUAUGCACACAUAGCAAACUCUCUGCCAAAACCUCGCUGCGGCCACGUCGGACACGACGUGUCCUCGGGCCCCGCCGUGCGUCCCUCUUAGGAGAAAUGAGUCACGCUCCGGAACUGUCCGAGAACCCACCUGCCAUCACAUCUCACUGCCAGAUGUACAAAGCACCUGCAUGCUGAGACCGCUCACGGCGCCUCCUCCACGUCUGUCUCUCUACCUGACUCUCCUCCGCGUGCUCCCCGGCGGCCACUCUCCAGCCACACAGCGGGACCAGGUUCUAGCCCCGAAGUCGCCACCCCGUGGCCACGCUGGGGUUGCAGCUGCACAGUCAAGAGGGAAAGCGCAGAACUCUCAACCACGUCUGGUCCUUGUGUACUUUGUGAAGGUUCUGAACCUGCCCUCAAACCCCUGCCCUCCCCCGAGCUGGCCCCUGGGCUGACCAGGGCCCCCCACCCCCA